CAUACUCUUGACAGUAACAAAAACAACACAUUUCACAUCAUCCCAUCUGAAGUUUAAUUUGUAUUAAAAUUGUUAAUUUCUGAUAUCACGAUGAACCAGUUAGAGGACAAAAUCCUUCACGUAACAAAAGCAAUUGAACGUCAGGUGGAUUCCGCGAUUGAACAAAUUGAAAAUUUGGACGUGAAUGACUUGGAAUCCCUCCGGAAGCAGCGUAUCAACGAGUUAAAGAAACGUGAAGCGCAGCGUAACGAAUGGCUGAGUCUUGGCCACGGCAAAUACGAGGAAUUAGCCGAGGAGAAAAUGUUCUUCGAUAUUACAAAACAGUCCAAGAAUUGUGUGGUCCAUUUUUACACGAAUUCGUCCCCCAGGUGCGCUAUUGUGGACAAACAUUUGAAAAUCCUCGCCCCUAAACAUAUUGAGACACGUUUUGUGAAGCUGAACGCGGAGAAGUGUCCAUUUCUGGCCCAGAAUCUCAAAAUUAAGACGAUUCCGAGCAUUGUUCUAGUCAAGGACAGUUUCAUGAUCGAUAAAAUCGUGGGUUUUACACAGUUGGGGAAUCGUGACGACUUCACAACUGAAAUCAUGGAGUGGAGGAUUGCACAGAAUGGGGUUAUUGAUUAUGAGGGGGACUUGUUGACGCCCCCACAUUUGCAAGAGAAGAAGAGUAAAUCGAGUGGGAAGAAAAUCAGGGAUGGGGCUUAUAAUAACGACGAUGAGGAUUUGGAUAUUGAGGAGUAUGCUUUAAACAGGGAUUCACUCAAAAGUGGGGAUAGUUUGAGUAAGGUUCAGUCGACUGAAUUGACCCCCGAAGAGGCAGCAGAGUUGGGCUUAGAUGACUAAACUUUUAUACUUAAAUUUAUUAACUUUACAAAAUUAAAGGAUAUAAAAUCAGGCCUCCAGUGCGACUGGUUCCUCUCGCCGCUUCUUUUUCUCUAAAUUUGAUAAGACAUUAUUUGAAAUUUGAAAAUUGGGAUUUAUACCUUUAACCGGCGAUUCUGGCACCUCUGAAAUUAUUUCUUUGGGUUCAGGUUUGUCUUCAGGGACACUUGGCAAGGAUUGACUUAUAAUUUCAGCCAAUUCGUCCUCAACAGCUGCUUCAUCCUCUUCAGUCAAUCCUCCACUCAAAAGUGCAUUUAUUUCCUAAAUUAACAAACUAAGAUUUUUGUAAUAAAAAUAUAACACCCAA